CAGUAUUCCUUUCUAAUCACGGCACAGUUUAUAGAGUGAUAGGAAUAGGAUAGAAAUAGCUGGGAUGGCCAAAAAAAAAAGUUAACGCAGUUACUUAGAGCCAUUGCAGGCAUUCACUUAUGGUUCCAAAGCAAGGUGUGUAGGGAAUAGGAAGGAAAUCUGAGGACAACAUGCCUAUUUAAGAUAGGAAAGGGAAAUUUGAGAAUUGAUUGGUGGUGGUGUGCUGUAAGUGGGUGGAUUUUUUUCCCUACAGGAAGUGAUUUGCAGCGUUCACUGAGCCUUUUGUUGAAAAGGGUCCUUCUCAUUUGUGUGAGUCAUGCUUUUGCUGUGAGAGACUUGGCUGCUCUGAGCAGGAAUGGAAUCUUUCUCUUGCACAGAAAACUAUCGCUUCACGUAGCCUCAUCAUGGAACCUCAAGCAAAAUCUCUUUAAAAUUUGGUUUUAAAAACCAACCUGCUCCCCUAUAAGUAAGUGUUUAAUGUUGACCUUUGAUAUUCUGAAUUAUCUGCUAUGUUAGCCCAGGAAAUCUCUGGUUUGACAGAACAUAUGCAAGGUUCCAGAUAGAAGGGCAUGCUUCAACGCACCAAGUAUAACCGCUUCAGGAAUGAUUCGGUGACAUCGGUGGAUGAUCUUUUCCACAAUUUGUCCAUGAACAGCAAGGUCUCAUCAAUUGAUACAACUCCGACGCCAUCACCAUAUCUGGCCUCACCUGAGAUUCUCCAGAAGGACCAAGAUGGAUCCACCACCUUGUGCACUCUUAUGCAUAAAGUGUCCCACUUGAAACUCUCCCAUACAGGCAGCCUUUUGGGCAUCAAGAACCUCUCCUCUGCAGUGAAGGAGCUUGCUGUCUCCAAGUUGCAGGGUAGCUCAGCAGCAGAGGCUUCAGACAACUCAUGUAACCUUGUCUCUGCCACUCCGUCUUCUCAGCAGGACAAGAGCAACAUGAGUACAGGGAAAAAAACAUGGUCAGAGGAAAUGCACUUGGGAGGAGAAGACUGGAAUCAAGGUAGCAGCAGCAUUGCCAGCAAAGCCUCCCAAGGGUGGCUGCAUUCAAAUGAGAAGAUCCUGGGACCAGGAGUGACGUACAUUGUGAAGUACCUGGGAUGUAUAGAGGUGUUACGCUCCAUGAGGUCACUUGACUUCAAUACAAGAACACAGAUUACAAGGGAAGCUAUCAGCCUUGUUUGUGAAGCUGUGCCAGGAGCCAAAGGAGCCUUUAAAAAAAGAAAGCCACCAAGUAAAGCUCUCUCUAGUAUCCUGGGGAAGAGCAACCUUCAGUUUGCAGGAAUGAAUAUAACUCUGAAUAUAUCUACCACUAGUUUAAACCUGAUGACACCUGAUUCUAAACAGAUUAUAGCAAAUCAUCAUAUGCAGUCUAUUUCCUUUGCAUCUGGAGUAGAUGUGGAUACAACAGAUUAUGUUGCAUAUGUAGCAAAAGACCCUGUUAAUCGUAGAGCAUGUCAUAUCCUGGAAUGCUGUGAUGGCCUGGCCCAAGAUAUUAUUAGCACCAUAGGGCAAGCCUUUGAACUUCGUUUUAAGCAAUAUUUGCAGUGCCCUUCCAAGAUUCCUGCUCUUCAUGAUAGGAUGCAAAGUUUGGAUGAACUUUGGGUGGAAGAAGAUGGCGAACCAAUGGAACAUCCCUACUACAACAGCAUUCCAAACAAAAUACCUCCUGCUGGAGGCCUAGUUGAUGUGAGGCUCAAAACCAAGGUCCCCUCUGUUUCAGACUAUGCUCAGUCUGCAUCAGAAAUGGGAAGAGAGCAAACAUAUUACCAGAGUCAACACAUAAGAGACCUAUUUGGUGAAGAAUGGCAACAGGCACCCAGUCGACAAGGGUCUUUGGAUAUCUGUAGCAUGCCAGAAGGAAGAUCUAGUGUGACCCCACCAGGAGAGAUGCCAAUGUAUGUGAAUACACAACAUAUAAAUAUGGAAACUCUGCAGGCUCUUCAGGCAGAGGCUGAACAUCUGCUUAGCAGAACAAAAGAAAGUACCAAAGACAGCAGCCCAGGAAAAGAUCUUUUUGACAUGAGUCCUUUCGAAGAUGCUCUCAAGAACCAAAUACCUGGUCCCAUUUUGAACAAGGCUACCUCAGUUGAAUGUACCAGUCCUCUUCUGUCUAGAGCAGCUGGUGCAGCAGUAGCAGAAGAACUGAGCACAGAACCCUGGUAUCAAGGAGAAAUGACUCGGAAAGAAGCAGAACAACUCUUAAAGAAAUGUGGAGAUUUCCUGGUUCGGAAAAGUACUUCCAAUCCAGGCUCCUAUGUGCUGACUGGACUACAUAACGGACAAGCCAAACAUCUCCUCUUGGUGGACCCUGAAGGAACUGUUCGUACAAAGGAUCGUAUAUUUGACAGCAUUAGCCAUCUCAUCAACCAUCACCUUGAAAACAACUUGCCAAUUGUCUCUUCUGGGAGUGAACUCUGCCUCCAUCAGCCAGCAGAGAAAAAACAGUGACAGCUUCCCUCCUUACAUGCAUACCAACCCACCAUAAGAUGUCCAACUCUUGUCUCACAUGAGCCACAGCCCAAAAGGAACCUCAAGUCUUUUCCAAUAGACGAAAAAAUCCCACCAUAAAGAGAUCCCAUUCCUUCUGACACCAAGAGAAAUCACUUUUCUUACUCUCAGAGGACAGCAGAGCAUGAUAAAAAUACUGUAUUGGGGGAGGGGGGGCUCCUUAAAAUUACUUCAGUUAAAGUGUUCUCAUUCCUUACUAUGAAUACUGACUGUAUAGAUAAACACACACAUUCUUUAUACAGUAGAUAUUUAUAUUUUUGAAGUCAGUCAGCUCAAGAUAUGGAACAAAAUAUGUCCUGUUCCAUGCAUUUUUAACUGAGGAAAAGACACCAAUUUUGUGGGACUGAGAAGAAUAAAACAUAAAUAUCAAAGUUCUGGAGAAAAUCCAUGCUGAAAAUCUUAAGAGUAGUUUUAUGAUAUAAUAAGCACAACAAUAGAGAGAAAACAGAGAAAAUGCAAUUAUUAAAAAAACAAAGAUGGGGUGAGCAUAUGACCUAGUAUUCCAACAGGAGAAAUUAGCCUGUGGUUACUUUUGAAAACAUUAUUAAUUGUCUCUUAAGUACAUGAUGACUUUCCCCCUCUUUCAGAUGUCCUAUUUAGAUUCUUAUAUAAUGUUACUCCAAAUUGUUUGUAACCUGCUUUGACUUGAUGUGAUCUCUCUGUGUAUGAGGUAUAUCCUUUGAUUUUUUAAUAAUAUACCUUAUGAUACAAAUUUGAUUUAUUAAAACUGUGUUCAGUAUUAA